AUGGAUCGACCCUAUCCCUAUGGCGGCUCUUAUGCUGCCAAUGACACGAGUCUCCCCCGCUUUUCAGCUCAAGGCGAUGCGGCUCCUGCCUCCACCUCGUAUGACGAUGCGUCCGAGAUGCCACGCAUUCAGAAGCGUCCGCGUCGCACCCACGCCAGACGCUCGUGCCAGAUGUGCCAGCAGCGAAAGGCACGUUGCGAGCUGCCCGACCUCGAAGUGCCCUCCAGCCCUUUGCCCUUGCCUGAUCACCAGGCUUGCCAUCGCUGCAAGACGCUCCAGAUAUCGUGCAUCGUCGACGAUGCCAACAAGAAGAAACCUAGGAAGAAUACUGCCGACACUGAUCCCGCCCAGCCCGGCUCCUCCAAACGCAGAGCCUCUGCCAGCGUCGCUGGUGACCGCCCACGCACCAUGCAGAACUCGUCCACAUCGGCAUCGCUUUCCUCUCUCGGCGACAGACGUAGUAUCGGAAGCAAUCGCAGUAACAGCAGCGCCGGCAUGCUCCCCUCCGGCCUGCCCGAUGCAGAUGCCGACAGUCUCAAGUUCGCCGGCGGCCGCGAGCUCGGCAACCAGAUCGUAUACCCCGCCGAGGCAAAACUCGUCUCAAAAACGCCAGAUACCUCCGACGAGGACGAACAGCCUGAUCCCGCCACCGAUUUCUCGGCACGCUCAGAUCGCCAGCCGGAUCGGACUAACUCAUCGGAAACCUACAUCAAGACUCAGGACCGCGGCCCAAGCAACGCCGCCAACAUUGACACCUGGGAGCGCUAUUCCACGCGCAGUCGCCCACUCACGCUGCUCACCGAGUUGGUGCCUCGACAAGCGGGCUUCGCAUCCAAGAUCUUCCGCCUCGUCUCGGCACGCGCAACCAUCGAGACCGACGUCUCCGAGAUCAUCCCCGACGCAAAAUCCAAGAUUCUCAGUGACUGGUGCGAGGAGAAUCUCACCCUGUGGAUGCCCCACAUCUCCAAUGCCUACCAGCUCCGCCAAGAUGCUCUGCAGGGAAAACAGACGCUGUCCACCCAGCUGCUCGAACAAGUGCUCUAUCUCAUCGCCCUGCAACACAUCCGCGACCCCAAAGACGACGUCGCCCGUUUCUCCGUCGUGCGCUUCGUCAUUCGCGACACGGCACGUCUCGUGCUCACCUCGCCGCGCUCGAGCAAGGGCGUCGAAGCAUUAGAGCUGCUGUCUCUCUUCCCCGUCGACGUCUCGGCCAUCCCCGGCCCCUCUCGCAGCCGCAUCCGGACCGACUCGCUCAUCAGCGCCUCCGAGCGAGUCGCUCGCUCGGUCCGCUUGGAUCGUGUCGCAAUAUCCGCAGCUGCACCCUACUCAUUCUUCUCGUCCACCAGCCCUUUGGACGAGUUCGAGACAAAGCGCACCGCCAUGACUUGGGCCAGCGUCAAAACGUGGCUCACUUCAUUCACGCUAGGCGAUGACGAGCUCUUCGAGAGCGUCGACCAACGCUUCUUCUCAGACGACUGGAGCCGCUCCUUGAUACUGCCGCUGGAGCUCAGCCAGACCGACGCUGCAGCACGCCUCGUCGAGGCAGGGCAGAGCGAAAAUGAUCUUUUCGCUCGCAAAGCCUGGUCGCGCAGCCGUCGUUUGGGCAGCAUCGGACUCGCCAUGCGCUGCCUCGGAAUGCGGCGGCUGGUCGAGGCAUUCCACGCCAUCCGCACCACCCCUGUCGACCUCGACGAGUCGGAUCGUCUCUACAGGCUCGCCACGAUUCUGGACGACUACAAACGUAGCGUUGAUUCCAUCGACGACGAGUUUCGAGACCGUCUCGCCGAUCUCAACCAAGACUCGCACCUGCUUCGCUCGUGGCUCUCGAUCGAGACCACGGCCGGCUUUCUGCUCGUCCUGUGCAUCGGCAUCUUGCGCGGGCUGGGCAUCGACAAGAAGGAAGACGUGCAGACACAGGAGUUGGCUCUGAUGAUUCGUGGCGAGAACGCUUCGUCAGAGAUGAGGGAGUUCCUGACGCGCUAUGGCGAGCACCGCAUUCUGGCUGCUGAAAAGGUGCUGGUCAACACCACGAUCCUUUGCCGAGAUGCACGUGCCAGUGCUGCCACCAUGCUAUCCGGCAAGGGUUGGAUGAGGGACGGUCAGUCACGCACCGUCGUUCCCAUCAUGAACUUGUGCGGCUACGCGCUCGAGGCAGCCUUCAACGCUAUGGAGUGGCACGCUACGAUGUUCCAAUUGUGGAAGACGCCGCCGAAGCGCGCCGAGUCGUGGCGACUGGUCUUUUCCGACUUGAUCGCCGCCAUGCUCUCGCUGGAUCCUAUGGGCUCAAUCGAGAACGGCAGCAUUCCUGCCACGUGCGCUUUUAUUUUGCAGGGCAUGCUCAAGGUCAUUGUGCUGUGGACGCAGUGCAGUCGUAACAAGGACAUCCAGCGCACCACGUCCACGUCGUCUGCCAACCUCAAUGGUCGUGAUGGGUCCAGCAACGGUCGUGACUCAGACCGGUACUCUGGACAAUCCUUGGCAAGCGCUGCGCCCGCGGCUGAUCUGGCGCGGUACGAGGCGUUGAUACAACACGACAUGGCGACGAGCCGGACCUUUGAUGCGGUGCAAUCGUUCGACUCGAGCGCAAACGCUGCUUUGAUGGGAAACUCGAACACGAUGCGCAGUGAUCAACACGGGCCGCGGUCGAAUCCGUACAGUAUGACUGCGUCGAUGUUUGCAGCCGAUGUUUCCUCGUCGCAGGGGAAUGAUUCUAGCCUGAACGGUGCAGGUCCUGCGUUCGCGUCAAACGCGAGCGAGUCGCUGGCAGCCGCGCUGCCUCGCAGCGUCGAGUCCCAGGCGAAAGCGCCCGGGGUGUCGACGGAGCAAGGGGCAUUUUCAGCGUACAGAGCGCCGCCGAUGUCCUCCAUGGACGGAUCCAGCGCUUCGGGCACGGUUUCGCCGAUGCCCCUGGCUGCACAGUACACAGCUGUGGGCAACGGCAACGGUACGGCGCUCGACGGCGGCGCCGCAGUGCCAGGCGCCAAUUUCAGCAUGCGAAACGAAGAGGGCCGUCCAUCGGUGGCAUACGACUCGCUCGACUUUAUCCGUGGCAUACGACUCGCUCGACUUUAUCCUCAAUGA